CAAUCGUACAAUUCGUAUAAUCGUUUAGUGUGGACGUGCAAUCGCGUUCGAGUUUUGAGUCGUACGAGACAGGUGCUAUAGCCUAUAUCUAAUAGCUAUAGAAUUAAGUUCCCUUCCGAUAAAAUGGAAUUAGGAAUGAUUGAACUUUGUUAGGAAAUGCCUUAGUAGUAAUAUUAUCUUGUGCUUGGGAUGUUAUUGGAAUUGGCAAUCUGUGGACUGAUAAUUUGAUAAGGUCGCAAACGUUUUCAGUCUCAGUGAAGAUUAUUUCGUCUCCGCGGCAUUAUAAUAAAUAAUGAAACGUUAGAACGUUCGUUGUCUUGUGAUAAAACCUUUGUUUACCAUUAUUUUUCGCGGAAGUAUAAUAAGUAAGAAUGGAAACCGGAGAAGCUGUUGUGGCGGGAAUUUUUCCAGAAUAUUUUUAUAGUUUUGUUGAAGAAUUAGAUGAACACCCAUGGUUGUUUGCGGCUCUAGCUUCCGUAUUGGUUGGACUCAGUGGAAUUUUGCCUCUACUAAUCAUCCCAAUAAACGAAACAGCGUCGUUUAAAGAUGGAGCUGGUGCGGCGACGCUAAGGAUCCUGUUGAGUUUUGCCGUCGGUGGUUUGCUAGGGGAUGUCUUUCUCCACCUUCUACCAGAAGCAUGGCAACAUGACCUUGCCAGUACCAAAGAUGGGGAACACGUAUCAAUGAAAUGCGGUCUCUGGUGUCUGAUGGGCAUGCUGGUCUUCAUAAUAGUGGAAAAACUUUUCGCUGCUGGCGAAGAAGAAGAGGAAAAGGGCUCCGUACAACACAUAGAGAUAGAAGAGAUAGAGAAGUUACUGCAAGCUGAGAGGAAACAAAAGGGUGCGGUCUGUGGCAAUGGUGUUACAGCCAAACAGCUCUACGAUACAUGCGUUUUUAAUAAUAAUACUAAAGGUGGUGGCUGCUGCAGUAGUGUUAACGGUAACAACGGUGUAGUGAAGUGUAAAGGGAACCGAUGGAUGGGAAGAUGUUUGUUACGUGAGGCGAGGGAGAAAACACUACAGGCAACUAAGGAGAAGAGCGAGAAGAAAGAUGUUGCGGGAUACUUAAAUCUAAUGGCGAACUCCAUAGACAACUUCACACACGGUUUGGCUGUUGGCGGGUCCUUCCUGGUGGGAUUCAGAGUGGGAUUACUCACCACGUUCGCUAUACUCGUUCACGAAAUACCUCAUGAAGUCGGCGACUUUGCUAUUCUUUUGAAGAGUGGAUUCUCACGUUGGGAGGCAGCUAAAGCACAAUUGGCUACAGCAUCGGCUGGUCUGAUCGGCGCCAUGACAGCUGUCAUCUUCAGUGGAGCCAGUAAUGCUAUAGAGGCCCGAACAUCAUGGAUAACUCCCUUUACAGCAGGCGGGUUCCUCCAUAUAGCCCUCAUCACUGUCUUACCCGAUUUGCUAAGGGAGGAAGACCGAUGGGAGUCCCUGAAACACCUGGCAGCGCUACUCGGUGGAAUACUACUUAUGGCCCUUAUGACGCACUACUGCUAGACUACUUCAAGGCAAGAAAGAAUAAAUCUUGGGAAUACCGAGGAAAAUUAUUUAAGAAAAUGUGAUAAAAAUACGUUAUUUUCUGCAUCGAUUAAUCAAUUUUAUUUAAGAAACAACGCGUGGUGGUUAACUUGAAUUCAAAAUAUAUAAUUGUAUAAACGCGUUUUAAUCAGAUAUUUACCACGGACAUUCAUUUAUAAUCAUUCUGUAUCAAUAUUAUUGAAAUUGUGAACCCACCCAUAUCAGUCAUCUAAAUAGUCCUAGUGUAAAAUAAAUGUACAAAAAUAUACAAAAAAAUAUUUUUUGAUACGUCCGCAAGGACACGUAAGUAUUAUUGGAAAAAAUUUAGUUUUAGUUCACAAUGUCGGUAGCUCGAAAGAAUCAAAAAUAAGUCUGGCCAUCGGCCCCAUAUAUUUAUUAUUACAUCACUUGGACCAAGUUGCCAGAAGUGUUAUUUCAUACCAAUGCCAUAGAAAACUUUUAAUACAAAAAAAGCUUUUUAUAGUGAAUUAUAAUUAAUAACCCUUUAAGAUCACACGCAGUGGUAUGGAGAUGCGCAUAAAUAGUGCUUCCCUAUGUAAUUUAACAUGAUUUUAUGUAAAACAUAAAUAAACUAGUCAUCCAUAUAUUUAAUCAUCGAGCUACCGGCAAAGUGAUAUAAAUAAUCACUUUAAAAUGUAUUAUUUUUAAGCUCAAAGUGCGGGUUAAAUCCAUAGAGCACCUAAAUCUAGCCUUGUCUUGUCUUGAAAAGUCUUGAUGAAAAAUAUACGGAAUUUUUAAACUAACUCAAUAAUUGCAAUAUUCUCUUUCGUCUCUUUCCGUCUAAUUAUAUUCACGAUGUUACGAAUAGAGAUGUACUUUAUCUAUAACGUUGACAUUUUUUGCUCUAUGGAAAGUAUGCCAGUAGUUAUAAGUUGUCUAAAUACUCCACUAUAUGAAAAUGGAAUAUUUUAAUCGAUAGUUUUAAAGGUUUUUGCUUUGUGUAAGGAUGUACAAUAAUCUUAGUUGAAGCCUUUACCCGUUAGAGAUGUUUCACGUACACGUUGUCAUAUCUGACAUAUGUCAAAAACGUAUUGGAUUUGACAUUCGGCUGUCAUACGUACCGCUUAACUUAAAAGUCACAGAACAUGAUAUAACUCACGUAUGUUACAAUUCAAUAAUUUGACGUACGUAAGUAAUGUUGUUGUCGACUCUGAAUCUUGUUCUUAGUGCGAAUAAACUGUCACUAGCAUGAGACAUUUUCACGGUUCGCACUAAAUUUAACAAUACGGAACUUUUUAACGGGUUUUUUUGAACACCUUACAGUAAGCAUUAAACAAUAUGUAAAUAGCCAAUUCAUUGCAUUUAGUCUUAGUGCAAACUCCACUAUAUAAAAAACAUCCCUUUGUGAUUAAAGUGUUAAAAUCACGGAUGUAAGUCAUAGUUCAGGUUACUCAUUUUACGCAAUUAAAAAUUGCCAACUUUCUAUGACGUAAUUUUUUCUGCAAUUUUUUUUUUACCAAAAAAGAUAUAUCCGACGGUGUAAAUAGAAUCGGUUUUAAAAAAUCUUUACGUAACUAUUAUUUUAACUAUGUAUUUUUUAUGUGUCGUAGGCGACUAGCUUAAUUUGCCGUUUAAUUAACAGCCUAGCCUUUCAACUUAACGGCGCCGUCGCCGGCGGCCGCUAGUUAAACGGCUAGGCUGUUAAUUGAACGACUAAUUAAGCUGCCUGCGACAUAUGGAUUACAUUUAUACAUAAUUCUUUUAUCUUAAUAAUAUAAAUGAGUAAGCCAUUUUAAGUGAUAAAGACAAAAAUUGUGAUACCUAAUGGCCAUGUAUAAAUCCGUUAUUAAUAAAAUGUUUAUUGAAGAAA